AGCCACCGCUCGGUUCAGUUGAUAGGAAGACCGCGCCAGUUGCUAGUAGUGCGAGCGUGCUAAUAGUGUUCAGUGUCCCGAAGGUGGCCAUCGGUUGUUCAAAAUAAUUUCAGACGAACUUUUGUGAACCCCAAAAUGGAAUCAAAACAGUGUUUGCUGCUGGCGACGGUUAUGGUGAUCCUUGCGGUCUGUGGAACCGGUUCCGUAAACGGUGCCGCGCUCGGUCGGGCUCCGCGACAACUGAGUAGUCUUCUGACACUGAGCGGUGAAUCGAACGCUAGAAUAGAAAAUGGCACCAUCAUCUGUGACACGCUUAAGUGCCCGCCGGAGUCGUUCAAGUGUGUGAUCGUCAAGAACUCGACCAAGGACGACGUGAACAAGAUCCAAGUGACACGCGAAUGCCUGGAUCCGGCCGGUAAGGCGACGGCGAAGACGCUUACCACCGAAACGUCCAGCUUCCCGGGUCAGCAGUUCGAGAGCUACGCCGAAAUCGAUAAGAAUGGCAACAUUGCAUCGUUCGACAACCGCGGCAACACGUACAAUCACUCGGGCAGUGGUGACAUUCACUCCUAUCUCUACGAGCAGAUAGAGGACCUCCACAAAGCAAUACUUGAUCAGCUGAGCAACGCUGGAAAUCCGUUCACGGCUACGUAAGGUCUUCGGCUCACAAGGUCCGUUAGCGGAACCGUCGAAGGGAGGUCGCAGCAAUAAAGGCCCACAGUUUCGUAGU